AUGGUGGGCCUGCAGCGGCAUCGGAGACGUUCGCUGGGCCGUGCACAGCCCAAACUCAGCCUGCUUGCAUUGCUUGUCUGUGCACUGGUGGUGGCAGCCGGAGUUGGCAGCUUUGCUUUUGCUUCAGGCUCCUCUUCUGGCUCUCCACGACCGUCGUCUUCCCCGGCUUUACGAAGGGCCUUCCCGUGGGACAAGGAAGGCAACGCAAAGGCGGAAAGAGCUUUCGCUUCGCUGGCCAAGUCUUAUCCCGAAGUUGCCCAGUCCGGCAUCUUCAUGGGCGAACCCGCCAGCAAAGAUGUCAUCGUCAGCAAAUAUGAGAAGCUGGGUGGGUUCCUGGGAUCCGACACGGCCUUGACGAUGGUCGAGAAAGAGCCCGUCCUGUUGCUAGGGGACACGGACAUGCAGAAGCGCUCCUUCGAGUACCUGACUGGCUUGGAGAGCGACUCCAAGAAAGGUUUAGCUUUGCAGGCUGUCCAGAAGAACCCUCGCCUGCUGACGGUCCCCGUCUUCGAGUACGAGCGAACGAAGCCAUCUCUGGAAGGAUUGAACACAGCCGCUUCUGCCAUUGAUUUCUUGCGACCAUUGGGCGAAGUGGGGCUGGCCGUGGUGAUUUUCGCAUCCUUCGUGGUGCUGCUUCUCGUCCUGAGGCCCCUGAUCUAUGGAGUGGGCGGUGGGCAGUCUCUUAUCGGCUUGCUCACAAGCGGACUUCCUCCCAUACCUCGCCCUUGGGAAAUUGCGGAGAGCUAUGGCAUAAACCUGGCGAGUUUCGUGGUCAUCAUUCCCAUCUACCAGGUCUUUGGCGCCGUUUCGAAGAGGUUUACCAGCUAA